GAAGGCGGUCUUUAGAGGGCGGGGGCUCGGGCGGAAGUGACGUUGUACUGGUGCGCCUGGGCAGGCGCCCGCCGAGGAUUACUGUGUGGCGGUGCGAGAUGGCGGUUCCCGGAACCCCCGUUACUGUCACCGUCACGUACAGUAACGAAAAGCACAAUAUUCAAGUUGCUUCUCAACAGGAAGAUGGUGAGCCUACGCUACAAGACAUGGCUGUACUUAUAGAACAAGCCACUGGCGUACCAGUUCCUUUCCAGAAACUUAUAUACAAAGGGAAGUCUCUGAAAGAAUUGGAACAGCCGUUGUCAGCACUUGGUGUUAAAAAUGGUUGCAAAGUCAUGUUGAUUGGGAAAAGGAAUAGUCCAGAAGAAGAAGCUGAAUUAAAGAAGUUAAAAGAUCUGGAGAAGUCAGUGGAGCAAAUAGCUAAUAAGGUAGAGGAAGUUAAUAAAGAGUUCACAAGUAUCCAGAAGGGAUUUUUAGCAAAGGAUCUCCAAGCAGAAGCUCUAAAACAGCUGGACAAGAGGAUAAAAGGAACUGCAGAGCAGUUCAUGAAGAUCCUGGAGCAGGUUGAUGCCAUUAAUCUGCCAGAGAACUUCAAUGAUUGCAGACUAAAAAAGAAGGGAUUGGUGAAAAGGGUUCAAGCUUUUCUUGCCCAGUGUGAUACUGUUGAAGGAAAUAUUGGACAAGAAAUGGACAAGCUACAGUCAAAGAAUUUGGCACUGGCAGAAUGAGGCAUUACCCUUCAUAAUUAGGAAACAUAAUUGCUCUGUGAGCAAGAAAAAAGUUUGCUCUUUGUUUUGGAGCACAUAUUCAGCAUUUUUGUUUUUUUUAAAGGCCAGUCUUUUAGACUGGUAGUAGUCAAUUAUUUCUUGCUGGUUGUCUUGUUUGCCACUUGGUUAGACCUACUGUUUUGAAAAGAAAAUCCUUCCUGAAGAAUUGCAGAAAUAAUCUUUGUGGUGAAUUAUGUAUCUUAUGGACAAUUGUUUAGUUAACUAUGUAACAAAGUUUGCAAUGAUGGGCAAUAUUUUCUGAUAUGUUUUUGGAUUUCUUUACAGCUUAAAUCAGAGAAGGUCUAUAACUAUACAAGUGCCAUAUGUUGCAAUUUUAGGACUUCAACUUGAUUGGAAAAAAAAACUGAGACAAUAUCUGGGGGAGUUCAACGUUGUAGUAGACGGUUCAGAGCAAUAAGAAAAACCCUACACAUUUAUAUUUACUUAAUGUUUGUAUGCAUUUAUAAAUAUAAGAAAGCUUGACUAUAAGGGAGUCAUACCUAUUUUAGCCUUAAAUUGUCAUAAUAAAUGGAAUGUACUGUAACAUGUAUGGUACUUAAUUCUGAAUGGUGCUUUAAGUUGUUAAUGAUCUUCUUGAUACAAGUGUACAUGUUUAUUUACAUGGAAUUCUGAUGUACUGUGUUUUUUAUGGCUUAUUUUUAUUGUUUUUUUCUUGAGUUACAGUAGGGAUUGAGAUGAGAUCACUGCUGCUCAUACAUGAAUGGGGCAGUUAAAACAAGGUAUUACUAAGGAGCUGUUUUGAAAGGUUCUUUUUAAAUAUUUUCCUGGUUUCACUGAAUUCAUCAUGCUGUAUUUAAUGGGAAGAUUGCAGUGAUUAUUCUGUUAUGGUAAUUAGUAAAUUUUUACAGAAUAUUA